UUGAGUAUUAGAGUUUAAGUGAGCUGUUAUCAUUAAAGGGAAGAUAAACAUUGACAUUAUAAUAGUUUGUAUUUAUAAACAGUCUAUCUAUUUAGUGCAUAUAAGAUGGGUGUCGUAAGAACAUGUGUGGUGAACAGGAUUUUAAUAAGAAACAUAGCAACAAACGCAGCCCUCGGAAAAGCAGAUGUAGAGUCACUUGAACUGAAAUCAUGGAAGGAAAUACCGGGGCCAACAAGGACGAUGUCGCUUAUCUCCAACUACGCGAAAAUCUUCUUCCCAAAGCAUAAGCAAGCUGCAACAGAAAAGCCAAUGUUCGAUAUGCUGCACGAAAUGUACGGACCUAUAGUUAAAGUAGAUGGACUCUUUGGCGCGCGCUCUAUGGUCAUAUUACUGGACGCUAAAGCAUCGGAAGAAGUUCUGCGAGGCGAAAAUGUUCUGCCGGUUCGGCCUGGCUUCGAUACUCUAGAACUUUAUAGAAGGAAUAAAAAUAAAGCUACCCCUGACUCUCCAACUGGACUCGUGUCAGAUCACGGAGAAGUUUGGAAGAAAUUUAGGUCGGCGGUGAAUCCGAUUUUGAUGCAGCCGAAAACUAUAAGACUGUACCGGAAUACAUUAAGAGAAGUAGCUGACGAAACUAUUACCAGGAUAAAAUCAAAAAGAAACGCAUCAAACAUGAUAGAGGACUUCGAUUUAGAAAUGAAUCUGUGGUCCCUCGAGUCGAUCGGCGCCAUAGCGCUCGGCAAGCGUCUCCAUUGCUUGGAUCCCACGCUCCCGAACACUUCACCCGUAAGGCAACUCAUUCAAACCGUUCGAGACAUAUUUGUGCUCGUUGAAAAACUGGAAUUCCGUCCAAAUAUUUGGCGAUAUAUCUCGACACCAACGUACAGACAGAUCAUGCUACGGUACAAGGAACUUGACAGAUUAACCACACAAUUCAUCAAAGAAGCGAAAAACGAACUGAAGACACGCGACAAAAAACCCAACGAAGAGAGAGGAGUGUUAGAAAAACUGCUUGAAAUCGACGACAAAAUGGCGACCAUCAUGGCCAGUGACAUGCUUUUCGCUGGCGUUGAUACGACGUCAAACAGCGUAAUAACAACUCUAUAUCUGCUGGCAAACAAUCCGGAAAAGCAAAACAAACUGCGUGAAGAACUAUUAUCUGACAGCGAAAGGAGGCCAUAUUUAAAAGCCUGUAUAAAGGAGUCAAUGCGAAUGUUGCCAGUCGUGAUGGGAAAUAUAAGGAAAAUAUCAAAAGAUUACAAUUUACUGGGUUAUAAAAUACCUAAAAAUACGGACAUAUUCUUCAUCCACCAAUACUUAUCCAUGCUAGAGUCUCACUUCCCUCGCCCGACGGAGUUCAUCCCUGAACGAUGGAUCGCUGACAAAGCUGACCCUUUGUACUAUCGUAACGCUGACCCGUUUGCGUUCAAUCCGUUCGGCUUCGGGGCCAGGAGUUGUAUAGGGCGUCGUAUAGCUGAAUUGGAGAUGGAAACUUUUAUAAGUACAGCGAUACAAAAGUUUCGACUCGAUUGGAUCGGCCCUCCGAUAAAGACAAAACUGGGCGGCAUUAACUACGUCGUUAAACCUUUUAAUUUUGUUUUUAAUGAUAUUUAAUGUGCCCGAGUAAAAAAAUAUCGAUAAAAAUCUAAUCUUACGAUUAUUGUUGUUGAAAUAAUCUUUUAUUAUAUAUUUACUUAUGUAGGACUAUGGAAUGUUAUUUGAUUUUAUAUUCAUACUUUGUAAAUAUGAAUAUAAAAUUAAAUAACACAUAUACAACACAUACACCUAUAUAUUUGAUUACACAUUUUUUAUACAA